AUGCCGUCAGUGGCAAGUCCAAGGUUCUGUCUUCUUUCAUCGAAUUCUCCGUUCGCCCACUCCACCAAAUACGGAUACACCACCGACGAAUCUUCGAAGAAUCUGGGACGAAUCUGCGACGAAUCUCCGAUCCAAACGAAAGAUCUUUCAUGGCGCUUUACCAACGAGGCUGAUCUUGGUAACUACGCUUGGUUGAUUAGGAAUGUAUCUGGUUUAGCUCAACAUCGCGGCGAGAUUGGCCACUGUUCAUGUGUUGGUUCUUGUAAAUGCAGAAGACCAAAUCGGAGAGCACUGAUUUCUGGUGUAGCUCAACAUCGCUGCGAGAUUGGCCACUGUUCACGUGUUGGUUUCAACAUGUCAUCAAGGAGUGUAAAUCAAGGAGACCAUAAUGUGUUUGUGAACAUUGAUGAUCAGAGCAACGCUAGUCAAACCAAUCCAGUUCUGCACCAAAGGAGAACUCUUGGCAUGCUUUUUGAUGAGGACCCCAUUAACGCUCUUGAAGCUGCUGUGCCUUCAGGUCCAAAUCUGAUUGCGGCAAUUUCUUCACUAACACGUGCAGUGGAAAAGCUAACCGAUGUUCUAACUUCAACAUCGGCACAGGAUCCAAUGGAGGCUCUACGUAAAGAGAGAGAUGAAGUGGCCAAGAUAGUUCUAGUGAUCGCCAGUUUGACCUCUGUUGCCUCCAUCUUUGUUCCACCCGGAGGGCUUGACGAAUUUGGGACAAUCCGAUUCAAAAGGACUUUGCUUUUCUUCAUCUUCUGCUUGGCAAACGAACUCAGCUUCCUUAUAUCGCAUGCCAACCUAGCUUUGUUGUACAAACCAGUGAACGAAGAAGAUGAGGUAGAGAAAAAGGUUGCUACAAUGAAGAAGAAGAUUAGAUAUGGGUGGGCUGGUCUGUGGACUGCAGCAAUCUUAUUCUUUGUAGCCUUCAACUGUGGGUUUUGGUUGGUCUGUCCUGCAGGGGAACGUAAAGUGAUCAAGUUUAGCAAUCUCCUUCGAUGGCUGACACUAGGUCUCACAAUAGCAAAGGUGUCUGGAUCGCUAUGUUUCAUUUUUGGUAGGAGGAUCUGGAACCGUAUCAGGAACCGUAUCAUUCAUGGAUGUUGA